AGAAACGCAUGAUUCGCGAAGGUAGAGGCUUCCAUCUCGCCUCCGAAGAGUCACUAGUAACCGUCCGCAUCAGCAGACUUAUACAACGACAAGACGCGCUCGAAUACGACGUGAACGUGUCGGAAAACGACGUGCAAACCGACGUCGUGUGCGGAUCUCCUCCAGACAACACACUCACAUCCAACUGGCUACACGACUGUAUACAAACAAUGAAACCCGGCGAGGUAAGCCAAUUCAAAACGCCACCAGACGUACACACAAACAGUACAACAUCAAUGAAUGAGAGUGAGAGCAUCCCCGGAUACGAACUCGAACUCAUCUCACUCAAACGAGUCGACGACGUCUGGAAAUGGCCGUCCGAGAGGAAACUCGAGAGAGCGAGGCAACUGAAAGCGAGAGGCGUCGACUGUUACCGAGCCGACGACAUGAGAGCAGCAGAGUUGAACUUCAGUCGCAGCCUCCGCUUCAUCAUCGCAAUCGGAGAGCGCGAAGCGAGCGAGGAAAUCCGGCGCGAGGGACGAAAUCUGCGCUGUGCGUGUUAUCUCAAUCUUGCCGCGUGUCAGUUGAGUCGGAAACUGUACACGCAUGUGAUUGAGAAUUGCAGCAAGGCGUUGGAUAUUGAGCCUCACAAUGUGAAGGGGUUGUUCAGGAGAGGGAGGGCGUAUGUCGGUGUGAGUGACUAUGGUGUGGCGAGAGAGGACUUCAGACUGGCUUUGUCUAUUGAACCGAAUAAUAGAGCUAUAAAAGAGCAGAUGGUAUUGCUAGAGUCAAAACAGAGAGAGAGAGAUGCCGAGUAUCGAAGAGCACUCGGUAAAAUGUUUUCUAAUCAACAUUGUUCUUAGGUCAUCAUCCAAU